AUGGUCGGGAUCGGACAACGGUUGUCGACAUUGAGCCAAAACUCCGGCUCCAAAGGCGGCGCUGGUAGCAGGCCGUCGAGUAAAGAUGGCAACAAGAAGAAUAUCUGGUCCUCCAUGCUGGAUAGCGUUGCUAGUGGGAAGCGCCUUCCAGAGAAGAAUAUGAUAGUCCUAGACCCGUCAGAUCCUAGGUUGCCGACCGAGAAGAAGAAAGGAAGGGUAGCACCGAUCGCCAAUGAAUUUGCGCUAGGAUAUACAUACCAAGACGUCCUGGAUGCGGAUCAAGAAGACAUUCUGGCCCGUGUCUCUGUUUAUCUGCUCUCCGAUCCUUCCGCCUCCUUUGCGCCCCUUCUUCGACCGCUUUUGACACCACAAACCAUUCCAGAGACGUUGAUUGUCAUCCUACUCGACUGGUCGUCCCCGUGGACCUGGGUUCGAGAGUUGCGUGAAUGGAUUCGUUUGCUACGGUCCGUCCUAAUCUCACUCGAUGAUGAGACGAAGCUUGUCAUGGAAGAGGUUAUGACCGAGUGGAGGGAUCGCAAGAGAGGAUUGGAUGUGUCAGGAACCGGGGUUCCAAACUCAGGCGGGCCUGUGACGAUACCGCUGGGCCCAGGGGAGUGGGAUGAAGGUCUAGGAGUUCCAUUAUGUGUCGUUUGCCAAGGGGCCGACAAGAUUGAGAAGCUGGAGAAAGAACACGGCUGGCGGGAAGAGGAGUUUGACUUUAUCCUCCAGUUUAUGAGAACAAUUCUACUGAAACACGGUGCAUCGCUCAUUUACACGACGCCUUUUCUGGCUAACUCUCUACAGAGUCUGAUUCAUUCAUCACUGGGAAUACAUUCGCUUUUAAAACGGCAAUCGCUUAAGCAUAAUGUGAUUGAUAGAGACAAGAUCCUUGUCCCCGCUAAUUGGGAUUCCUGGGGCAAAAUCCGGAUCAUCCGGGAAGGGUUCGACAUAGAAGGUGUCGGAAACGCCUGGUCGAUUGAGAUUCAGGAUCCUCCGGGCACUGCUGAUCCGGAAGAAAAUGGCGAGACGCCAGAGGACGGCACGAGUGCUGUUGUUAUAUAUGAGCAGACGAUCCGGGAUCCAAAGCGUGACUCGUCGGCUGCUCACGCCAACAGCCAGGCCAAUGGAAACAAGAUCGAGAUCGAGACAGAAGACAUGCAGACGUUCCUAGCCAAGCAAUUGGAAGUCUUGGAGCAACUCAAGGCCGAAGACGAGAAGGACCGCGCCGCGAAGAAGAUACCCAAACAGCUCGAAAUGUCGCCGAAUCUGGAUGAGAGCGGACGGGUGAAUGAGCACAUCGGGCCGGUGCAGUUCAACAUGGGCGGUAUCCAGGUCGAUGCUGAUGACAUGCUGAGGAAGCUGAAGGAACGGGAAGCCAAUCGAACGCCAAAGAGAGAGACUUUGUCGAGCUCUGCAGCCGAUGAAAAGGCGCACAACCAGGCUCUGGCGAACUUUUUCGCUGGCCUCGUCAAGAAGCCUGGUCAUGCUGGUCAUGGUGGUAGCCCCCGCAGUAGUCCUGCUCCAGGAUCCUCCUCCACUUAA